AUGCCGCCUUACUCGGGCUUCGAUUUUGAGGCUCAAAAAAGAGCACUCGAGAGGACUCAUCUCCCUGACAAGAUCAAGUGUAAAAUCUGCAAGAAGAUCCGCAGCGCAAACGCAUUCUCAAAACGGCAGCUGGAAGAACUUCGCAAGGCUAUUCUGAAGAAUGGAGCUACAGGUCUCAAUGGGCCGGGCUACGCUGGAUGUCGUUCUUGCAUCAGUCACCAAACUGUUGAACUCACCUGCUGCGUAUGCGACAAGACAAAGCCUUUGGAAUACUUUAGCAAGAACCAACGAAAGGAUCCUGAUAAUGCGAGGUGCACCAACUGUGUCCAGGGCUAUUUAGAUAUCGAGCCGGUGAUGGAAGAUUCCAAGCUCCUUACUGAUGACGAGAGUGCCACUGAUACAAACACCUACGUAAGUCAGAGCGAGGCCUACACUGCCAACUCUUCUCGCGCCCUUUCUGUCACGGACGAUGACAAUCUGCUAUGUGGUGAGAGCUACGAUGUCAUGUCGGACCAUACGGCUGAGCUCUCUUAUCAUGCUCUUUCCCAGCUCUCAAUCAAAGGAAAAGGAAAAGAGGAGAACACAUCGCUGGGUGGAGGAGUCUGGUUGGAGCAAGGAAAACGUUUCCCUGAAGAAGGGGCUGCGGUCAAACCCAGACAAGGUAUCCCGUUCACUGCAUAUGACCCUCAGGGAAACGCGCAUCUCCGUAUUACUGCGCCACCUUCGCAAAUGGGGAGCUCGACUGCCGACAGUUCUCAAGAUACCUGGAGGCACUCUCAAUCUGUCCAGGUGCGCCAAGCGAGUCACUCACCAGCGAUGGUAGUUCCCAAAAGAAACUCAAAUUUCGUUAAGAUCUUAGGAGGUCGGGUUCCUAAAGAACAGGCACCGAAGAUGUAUUUGCCAGAGCCAACUGGACGCACUGUUGGCUCUGAUGGUUCCUCCUCCGAUGACGAUGAUGAUGAUAUCCAGGAUUGGAUUUAA